AGAAGAAAAGUGUGUCACCACAAAACAAAAAAAAACAUAAAAACUGAAAGCAUCGCGCAACAUCUCCAGAAUCGCAUAAACGUUUUCUGCACAGAUUUUGGGCGUGCUGAGGUUUGUGUGGCAUAAGAAGAGAAAAAUCGAGACAUUAGAAAGGAAGGAAAAUGGACGAAGGUGAAUUUCGACGCCUUCUCCUUCUUUUCCCAGUCGUCCGAUCUCGUGAUUACCAUGCUGAAUCAGAGAAAUCUAAAGAGUCAACUUCUAAGUCAGCAGAAUCUGAAGCGCUAAAGGAAUGGCAUGAUGCAUGGGAUGAUGGAGAGAAAAAAGACAUGGAGAAGGAAACACGUGAUGGACAUGAUGCAUUCUGGGAGAAGCUAAAGUUGGUUGCUGAGAGAAAGGUGGGUGCCACGGAAGCAGAAAGAUUUUGCAAGGCAUUCCAACGAGUUCAUAAGAAACUGGUGUAUGAAGAACUGAGUCCGGAUGCUGCCAAGACUUUUCUGAGCUCAUCAUGAAAAUGUUGCAUAUAGUUUGAUUGUGAACUAUUGUAAACUUUCAUGUUAUUAGUUAUAUUACACCUUGUGAACGAAAGGUUUUAGUCACUCUUGUUGAAAGAAGGGUAAAGCUUUUCUAACAACUCAUAAUAUAGCUAAAGAUGUUGAUGCUUCGAUACUAUUGUUUUGGAUAUUCCGUAACAUGUAUUAACUUGUAAUUUUUUACAUCGUUGUUCAUAUUGCAAUAAAUUAUUGAAGAUAAGUUCAGACUAAAGGAUUUUGACUUCGAAGGAAUCCGCCAACCACAUUUUGGUCGUUGCUGUAAAUUCA